AUGUUUGCUAAGGCUUUUGUAUUAGCAACAGCUGUGGCAGCGGUGUUUGCUGAACCACAAAGCUAUCACCACAACCACGGCCACGCGACCUCAUCUCAGAGUAUUGUGUUGCACCAAACCCACGAGCCUCAACACCACUACCAGGGUCACCAGCAGGAACAUUACCAACAAGGACACCAAGCAAACCAACAUGGAGGACAACAUGGCCACGCUUCUUCAUCCCAGAGCAUUGUGUUGCAUCAAACUCACGAGCCUCAGCACCAAGGAGGCCAUCAUUAUGAGGGACACGAGCAGGGACAUUACUACGGAGGUCACCAGGAACAAUACCAUGGAGCACAACACGGUCACGCUUCCUCAGCACAAAGCCUCCACCAGCACCACGGACAUGGGACCGUAAAACACGUUGAAUACUAUGGUCAUCCUAAGUACGAGUUCGCUUACCAAGUGUCAGACCCUCACACACACGACAUCAAGUCCCAGCACGAGACGCGUGACGGACACCUCGUGCACGGUGAGUACAGCCUGCACCAGCCCGACGGCAGGGUCAGGACUGUCAAGUACCACGCCGACCACAAGACUGGAUUCAACGCCGACGUACACUACUCCGGUCACGCUCAACACAUCGUCCCUGAACACUCUCACCACCACUGAAUUCACUCGGACUGAUUGUUAUUAUGUUUGUUAAAGCUUCAGUUGAAUUCGUUUUAAGACUUGAAAUAAAU